UGCUAAUGCUGAGAUCAGUCAGACUGGAACUGGAGUCUCGUCUGUCCGCAUUGAGCGGUUUCAUUAGUUAUGAACACAUAGAUUAUUUACUUGGUUGCAGCCUGUGAAGCGCAGACCGUCUGUUUUUAAAGAUUUUGAGAUGAAGAAGGACAUCGACACGCUAAUAGCAGAAGAACGGGCUGACAUCAUUGAAAAAUAUGAGAAGGGCAGGCAGGAGGGUGUGCACAUUAACCCCUGGGAGGAUGGAGACUACAGCAUCUUUAAGUUCACAGACCGCUUCGGGUUCCUGCAUGAAGAGGAAUUGCCAACACCAACUGCAGUGGAGGAGAAGUACAAACUCCAGGAGAUGGAAAGAGAGGAAAAAUGGAUUAAGAUGGUGAAAAAGUGGGAAAAGUAUCAUAAUAGUGAAAAGAUGAUGAAGCGGGUGUACAAGGGGAUUCCCUUGAAGCUACGUGGUCAGGCCUGGGCUCUUUUAUUAGAUGUGGAAAAGGUGAAACAAGCAAACUUCAGGAAGUAUGAGAAAAUGAAGGAACAAGCCAAGAGGUAUUCAACAGAAAUUAAGCAGAUAGACCUCGACGUCAACAGGACCUUUAGAAACCAUAUCAUGUUCAUGGAACGAUUUGGGGUCAAACAGCAAGCCCUGUUCCAUGUUUUGGCAGCUUAUUCAGUCUACAACACGGAAGUGAGCUACUGUCAGGGGAUGAGCCAAAUUGCUGCCAUUCUGCUUAUGUAUAUGAACGAGGAGGAUGCAUUCUGGGCCUUAUCACAGCUACUGACCAAUCAGAAACAUGCCAUGCAUGGGUUCUUCAUCCCAGGGUUUCCCAAACUCCACCGUUUUCAAGUUCAUCAUGACAAAAUACUGUCUAAACUCCUUUCCAAACUUAGGAACCACUUGGAAAAGGAACAGAUGUCCACUGGAAUCUACACAACUAAAUGGUUCCUUCAGUGCUUCAUUGACAGGACUCCCUUCACACUCACCUUACGUCUUUGGGAUAUCUACAUAUUAGAAGGAGAAAAGGUUCUGACAGCCAUGGCUUAUACUCUCCUCAAAUUGCACAAAAAGCAUCUUCUCAAAUUGUCCCUGGAGGACCUGAGGGAAUUUCUGCAGGAACGUACUGCUUCCUCUUUUAACAUGAGUGAUGAUGUUGUCAUUGAGCACCUACAAUCAUCUAUGUCAGAACUUCGCAGGAUGAAGCUUGACCUCCCCCCUCCAGGCAAGGGAGAUGAGUUUCCAAAGAUACCCCUGGGUGAAGAGCGUUUAAUAGAACUGCUUUCAGUGAUCCAGACAGAGAGAGUGCCUUUACCAUCAGCAGCUCACAACAAUCAAGCAGCAUCAAAGCUUCAGACGGAAGACACCACCUCCCACAACCAAUGCAGCAACAAACCAAUCCCUCGUAUUACCUCAUCUUCAUCAUUUUCACAGCAAUCCCAAUUACCUUCCAGCUCUUCACUCUCACAACCUCCCCCAGAAGAUUCAGAUAGGACACAAGAAAGUGCACCUGUACAAGCACAGAGUCAGGUACUCCAACCAGAACCUACAUCACGUUCAACAGAAGCUCUUUCGUUGAAGGAUGAAUGUGUCAGCAGGCCCCUAUCAGGGGUGUCUGAAGAUUGGCCUCCUCCAUACCAACCACCUAUAACAGAUUCUUCCAGUAUUGUCUCAUUCAAUCUUCCAGAAUUACCUCCUCCACCUCUUCCCUACACUGACCAAGGGGUUGAACUUCCAGAAGACCCAUUUUACAUUCCCCCGCUUCCACCACCACCACCAAUUACCCAACCUUUGGAUCUCAUUGUAGAAGAUCCAUCCUCAUCACCUUCCCUCUAUAGAUCCUAUCGGCAGCUUAGCAAGUUUCCUAUUAACCUCUACGUUCCCCCAUCCUCAGGUGAUCGGCGACCUUCCAACACCUCAUAUUAUGACAACAUCUCCGAAGAGGAGGAUCAAUCUGUAGAUCGGCUAUUGGAGAUGGCAGCCACAUUGCCGCAAAACCCAAUGCUGGGUGUCAAGAACACAGCUUACACCCUUCCUUCGGAAGAUGCCAUGUCUCUUUCUCUACCACCCCCAUCAAUGUUUUUCUACACUCCUGACUCUUCGCCACUCCCUCCACCUCCUCUGUGCACUGAGGAGUCAAGUAAUUGGGUGACUCCAGACUGCAUUUUCCCCCAACCACCUGUUGGGUUCGAAGAUCAACCCUUCCUCUUAUCUUCAGUUCCGUGCAGUCAGCUGGUUAUGAACCAGAAUGAACAAGACAGAGGUCAGUCACAGCCCCCAAGACUACCACCCAAAAAACUAAAGACAACAAUGCCCCCUCCUGUUCACUCUGAUUACAGAAUGCAUGUUCCAAGUCACUAGUUGCUGAAAUCAAUAUUUUAAAGAAAGAACAAAUGUUAGUGUGAACGGAAGAACUUUUGUGCCUUGGUGAUAUGAAGUGUUUUUAACCUUU